UGCUGGAGUCUCGCAGAAGAAGCGCGAGCGCGGAGGAUGAGGAGGAUGAGGAUGAGGAUGGAUGCUAUACCGUGUCGUCUCGUGCUUUUAGCCCUGUUCUUUGGAGCCAGGAUCCAGCACACAGAAGCAACCUUACAGUGCUACUGUCACCGGUGUCCGAACCACACGUGUGCCACGGACGGCCUGUGUUACGUGUCCAUCACUAAAUCCGGCGGAGUGACCACACAGCAGAGCUGGUGCAUCAGCGAGAACGAGCUGAUCCCACGAGACCGGCCCUUCGUCUGCGCUCCCUCCGCCAAGCACGACACCGGCAUCUACCCCAUGUGCUGCGACACCGACUGGUGCAACAAGAACCCCGACCCCAACGCAUUCCCAGUGCCGACACAGAAGCCGCCGGCGUUGGGGCCCGUAGCGUUCGCGGCCCUGAUCGCGGGGCCCGUGUGUGUGGUGUGCUUCCUGAUGGUCCCCAUCUUCUACAUCUGCCACAGCCGCUCGGUCCUCCACCACCGCGUGCCUAACGAGGAAGACCGGUCCAUGGACCACCCCUUCAUCACGGUGGGAACCACGCUCAAAGACCUGAUCUACGACAUGACCACAUCCGGCUCCGGCUCCGUCUCAGAUAACGGCACGUGGACGCAGCUGUGGCUGGUGUCGGACUAUCACGAGCACGGCUCUCUGUUCGACUAUCUGAACCGCUACACAGUGACGGUGGAGGGCAUGAUCAAGCUGUCUCUGUCCACAGCCAGCGGCCUGGCGCACCUGCACAUGGAGAUCGUGGGAACGCAAGGCAAGCCUGCUAUCGCUCACAGGGAUCUGAAGUCCAAGAACAUCCUGGUGAAGAAGAACGGCACGUGCUGCAUCGCAGACCUGGGUUUAGCUGUGCGCCACGACUCCGCCACCGACACCAUCGACAUCGCACCCAACCACAGAGUGGGCACCAAACGGUAUAUGGCUCCAGAAGUGCUUGACGAUUCAAUAAACAUGAAGCACUUUGAGUCUUUCAAGAGGGCAGACAUCUAUGCCAUGGGGCUGGUCUUCUGGGAAAUUGCCAGCAGAUGUUCUAUUGGAGGCAUUCACGAGGACUACCAGCUGCCGUACUAUGACCUGGUGCAGUCCGACCCGUCGGUGGAGGAGAUGAGGAGAGUCGUGUGCGAACAGAAACUACGGCCCAACAUCCCAAACAGAUGGCAGAGCUGUGAGGCUCUGCGUGUGAUGGCGAAGAUCAUGAGGGAGUGCUGGUACGCCAGCGGAGCGGCCCGUCUCACAGCCCUGCGCAUCAAGAAGACGCUGUCCCAGCUCAGCCAGCAGGAGGGCAUCAAGAUGUAGAGCAUUCCUUUCCCAUCAUCACAAGAGGACAGCACUUUCCCUGACGUUUCCCGCAUCCUUGGCCUCGGUCUGAAUCGCGCCGGACUCCUCUCUCACACGGAGCGUCAUGCGCGUGCAAGACGGAUGCUUUUAUUAUUUAUAAGUGCAUCUGAGUUUGGUUUGAGGUUUGACUUGUUUCUGUGGGACCUCGUGUUUAAUUUCCGCUCAUCGCUGCAGCUCUUCAGCUCGGCGUGACUUUAAAUACAUGUUUUCUGUUUUUGCAAAAACAACUGGACAUGACCUCAUUCAGUCCUGGCGAACAUGCUGCGACAUAUGCAAUACAGAUUUACGACUUUAUAUUUUUACUGCUCUGCUACAACGACUACGAUAACAACCAUGCCUUCCAAGCCAGGUGUUACCAGCAAGUGCCACUGCUUUGAACCAACUAACCAACCCACCCUCACAGCGCGCUGAUCUGCUGGUGCCAUCCUUCAUUCUCUCUGCCUCUCGUUCUCUGAGGAUGAAACAACGAUCAGACCUCUACAGCUGGAGCUGCGAUCGCUUACAGACGGCCAGAAGGUUGGGAGCGUUACCUAAAGUUGCCCAAACACACGCCUAGAUCGUUCUCAACAUGCAUCGAGGUGCAGUCGUAUAGAAAAUGGAUAUUUACUAAGCCAUGGCGCUUCCAACAUUUUGUGGCGACUUUUUCUAAUAGAAUGUGCAAAACACGAAGGACUGCUUUGAAAGUGUUUCGGGCGAGUCUUCUGGGACCAGUGUGGAGCUGGUGUGUGUCCAGUACAGACAUGUAGCAGCGGUUGUGACGCGCAGUGCUUUAUCAGAGCCGAUGGGAUCCGAUAGCCGCUCGCGAAUGAAGAGCGAAACGAGGCGGCGUGAUUUUCUCAAGGUGUCAGUUUCUGGUGCUUAUUUAAGCAUGCAACUUGAGAUUCUGAUUUAUGUGCAUCUGUACGUUUGAGGCUUUUUCAGUCGUCUUUAUGCUCAGAUUAGAGGCCCUGAAUGUGGAAGGAAUAUUCCGAGAUGAACGCAGGUCAAGCUCAGGCCACAGCAUUUGCGUUUUAAUGUUGAUUAGCACAAAACAAACUAAAUAUAAACAGAUAAAUAAAUGAAACAUUUGGAAAACAACAAAAAUCAUGCUUACGAAUCACACUGAAAUUGGAGCAGUUUUUGGAGGAUUUAAAAGAUUUAAACAUUUUGUAAAAACGCUUGCAC